CUUCAUUUAAAACGAAAUACAGAAAAAAAUAAAAAUUAAGACGACAUAAACAAAUUUUCAUAUUAUUAUAACGAAAUUUUAAGGAAUAGUAAUAAAAAUCGCUUAAACAACAGUAACAUACUAAAUAAAUUAGUGUUUUACAUGAAAAGGGCAAUUAUUUCAAAAUUAAGUUAGUGAGAAAAGUCAUUAAAUAAUAAUUACGUUUCAGUUAAAAAAAUAGAAGAGGACCCGUAACAAAGAAAAGCAAAAACAAUACAAAAAAAGCAACAAAAAUUAACAAAAUUUGCUCAUAUCAGGGUCAAUCAACAAAAUAAUAUUAUUAUUUGGAGACCUUGCAAAAUCAAAGAAAAUAAUUGAUAAGAUUUAAGAAGAAUUCUAAUCAUAACACUGCCACUGUCUGCCAAGAGUUUUGUUUAGUUUCGUUUCUUUAUUUUUUUGUUUUACCUUUAGAAAAAGCUUUUGAAAUCAACCUUUAACAAUGUUGGAUUUGGAAAUAGUGCCUGAAAUCUCUUUGGGGUGUGAUGCAUGGGAAUUCGUUUUGGGAAUGCAUUUCUCUCAAGCUAUUGCCAUAAUACAAUCUCAAGUGGGCAUUAUUAAAGGAGUGCAAGUUCUGUACUCCGAUACCAAUCCCCUGGGUGUGGAUAUUAUAAUCAAUUUGCCACAAGAUGGCUUAAGAUUGAUUUUCGAUCCGGUCAACCAACGCCUAAAGAUAAUUGAGGUUUGCAACAUGAAAUUAGUGAAACUAAAGUACGGUGGUGUAUAUUUUAAUUCGCCCGAGGUGUUACCCUCGAUUGAACAAAUCGAACAUUCAUUUGGUGCUACUCAUCCGGGCGUUUACGAUGCGGCUAAGCAAUUAUUUGCUUUACACUUUCGCGGUCUCAGUUUCUACUUUCCGGUAGAUAGCAAAUUGCAUGCUGGCUACGCUCACGGCUUAGGUUCAUUGGUAUUUCUAAGUGGAGCUUCGCCUGUAGUCUCGAAGAUGUCUUUGUAUGCAGGCAGUAAUGUAGCAGAGAAUAAAACUCCACCUUUGCCCUUGUCCUGCUAUCAUCGUCAAAUCUACUUGGAGUCGGUCACAGUAUUACGUACAGUCUUAGGCAGUACUAAAGGCUUAAAGUUAAAGCUCUUCACAGAAGGCUCUGGGCGAUCUCUGGAACCACGUAGACAGUGCUUUACAAAGGAAAUAUUAUUUGGUGAUAGUUGUCAGGAUGUAACAACUCAACUGGGAGCCCCUAAUCGUAUAUUCUUCAAAAGUGAAGAUAAAAUGAAAAUACAUUCCUCUAAUGUCAAUCGUCAAGCUCAAAGCAAACGCAGUGAUAUAUUCUUUAACUACUUCACGUUGGGUAUCGAUGUUCUGUUCGAUGCUCGCACCCAAACAUGCAAGAAGUUCAUUUUACACACCAACUAUCCGGGACACUUUAACUUCAACAUGUAUCAUAGGUGUGAAUUUCAAUUUCAACUGCAGCCAGAAAGAUCUCUUAAUGACAGCGGUUCUCGUGCUUCCUACGGAGAUACACCCACAAGUCCCGUUACAAUAAAUGCUUAUUCCAAGUGGAAUGAAAUAAGCGCUGCCAUGGCUCCCUCGGAAAGACCGGUCGUUCUGCAUAGAGCUUCAUCUACCAAUACUGCUAAUCCUUUUGGUUCUACUUUUUGUUAUGGUUAUCAGGACAUAAUUUUCGAAGUUAUGCCCAACAAUCACAUCGCUUCGGUUACACUCUACAGUACGGGUCCCGCCAAACACUCCGAAGAUUUGUGGCAACAGCAUAAAAUGCAAGAUAUACGCCUGACAGUUGCGUGAAAAGUUGCUGGUAUAUCAUUAAUAUAGAAUAAUAAAUAGGUUUACAAUAAAUCAUCAAAUAAAAGAAAGCACAAGGUUCAUGUAUGUAUUUUGUGUCGACAUGGGAUGAGGAAAUUUUCGUAUAAUGAAAACAAAAACAUCCUACCGCAAACAUGAUGACCAUGUUUAGUAAUGUAAUGUAAUUAUUAUUAACAUAAAUAUACAUAAUAUUAAUAGUAAUAAAUAGAAGCAGCGAAGGAGCGAGCAACAAAUAAGAAAACUCCUUUUAAAGUCUAAAAUUAUAAUUAAAACAAUACUAACUUAAAAUAAUUUCUUUUUUUCUUUAAGUAUGCUAAAAGAUACUGAUACAUAUAGUACAUAUAGGACUCGAACAAGUAACUCGAUUAAAAGCGAUUACAUACGUACGUGCAGAUAUCGAGUAUCAGUGAUUAAAUAAUUAUAUAUUUAAUAAUAUAUUAUAUUUUUGUCAUUCUUUAAUGUUUUAUUAACAUAAAAAAAACCCAUAAAACCAAAAUAAUUUAAUAAAAAAAAAUUAAAACUUA